AUGAUUGAAAAAUCCAAUAAUCCUUAUUUAAGUAUAGACCCUAUUGUAGAUAUAAAUAAACAAAAUGCAGAAAAAUUACCUUUAAUAGAUUCUACAUUAAAAAAAAAUAUAGACUUUACUCAAUUAGUAGUAUAUUUAGUUGGAUUAUCAGAUGGUUUGACUCAUUUAGCUUCAUUAGCUAUAUAUUAUCUAUUUAAAGAUUAUUUUCGGUUAACACCAUAUCAAGUUUCAUUAAUAUUAAUGUACCCCUAUAUUCCAUUUAUAUUAAAACCAAUCAUUGCAUUAAUAACGGAUUCUGUUUCUAUCUUUGGAAUGAGAAGAAAACCAUAUUUGUUUUUAUUCAGUUUAUUUCAGUCGUUAAACUUUUUAGCGUUAGCAUUUCUUAAUUUAACAGUUUUUCAGGCAACUAUAAUUUUAUUUUUCAUUUCAUUAUGUGCAUCUUUUUGUACUACUGUUGCAGAAGCGUUAGUUGUUGAAAGUUCUAUUGGAAAAACAUACUCACAAGGGACAAACAAGGUAACAGAAUUUAUAGCAUCAAAAGCAGUAGGUAGUUUAUCUGUUGCUUAUUUUUCUGGUUAUUUUUUAGAAAAAAUGCCAAGAGAAUAUAUUUUUAUUGCAACAUCAGUUUUUCCAUUAAUUAUUUUAGUAUCUUGUUUAUUCUUAAAAGAAAAGGAAUAUUCAACAAAUAAAAAUAUUUUUAACCAAUUAUCUGAUUUAAUAAAAUUUAUAAACACUCCUAUAUUUUUAGGACCCUUUUUAUAUAUUUUUGUAUAUAUGUCAGGACCAGAUUAUGAUGAUAUAUUUUUUUUUUUCUGUACCAAUAAAUUAGGUUUUAGACCUUCUUUUAUGGGAACCUUAAGGUUAACUUAUGGUAUUGCUUCUUUAAUAGGCAUAAUAACUUAUAGAGUUUUUUUGAAAAAUUACAGUUUGAAAAAAACAUUAAUUAUUACUACAUUAAUUUCUUUUCCUAUAUAUGUUUCUCCAAUAGUGUUAACUGAAAAAAUAAAUAAAUUUUUAGGAAUUUCUAAUGAACUUUUUGUUUUAAGUGGUGGUUUUUUAAUUGAAGCCAUUACAGAAAUACAAUUAUUACCUCUAUUUAUUUUAACAGCUAAUAUAUGUCAAACCGGAUUGGAAGCUAGUGUUUUUGCUACAAUUUUAAGUAUAAAAAAUUUAGGUUCUCUUACGAAAAAAGGGACAUCAUCUUUAUUAACUUAUUUAAUGAAAAUAGAUAGUUAUAAUUUUGAUAACUUGAGCAUAUAUAUAUUAAUUUGUGGUUUAUUUCUUUUAUUAUCUUUAUGUUUAGUGCCAUUAUUACCAAGUGAAGAAAAUAUAGACAAACUCAAAGAUAAGCAAAAAACGUAUGCAUAA